CAAUCGAGACAAAUCAAAUUCUGCUACUGCUGCCAAAAAUUUCAAUUUUGAAAAAAUUCUAAAUAAAAAUUUCUUCACCAAUUUAGCAUAUCUUUCAAAUUAAAUUCUUUGUAAAACAUGUCAAAAUUUUGCAGAAUCAAGUCGAGUUGUUAAAUGAAAAAUAAUAUUAAUUGAGCAGGACGAAAAACAGUUAUAGAAAAAAGUGUGAAAAAACCGUCGUGUCGCGCUUAUGUUCAUUUUUUCACCGCCCUCCCACCAGCAGCAGCAGUAAUUCACCUUGUUACAAUUAUUAAAAUCGCCAAUGCCUUUCUCUGCACAGACAACACAGAGUCAACGAAAAAACUGAAGAAUUUAAUUUUCUUCAUACACACGCCGACAAUUGAUUUUUCGCAGUUGUUGCGGGAAAAAAACUGAAGGAAUUUGCAACGCAUCGAAUAAGCAGCCGCUAAAAUGAGUGAAGAGGAGAACGAUAAAACUACCUUAGAUCUCUCGCGAAAGCAAUUGAAAAAAGUGCCAAAACAAGAGGAUGCACAAAAUGUGCGUGUACUAAAACUAGACGAGAACGAGUUGCAGAAGAUCGACAACAUCGACUCUUACCUAAAAAUUGAAGUGCUAUCGCUUAGCAAAAAUCAGCUUCUUCGUAUGUACGGUGUAUGUCGUUUACACUGUCUGCGCGAACUGAAUCUUUCAUUCAAUGGCAUACUCUCCAUUGAAGGGCUAAAGGAUUGCAUACAUUUGCGGCACCUGAAUUUGGAAGGCAACAACAUUAAAACAAUUGAGCAUUUAAAUAAUAAUAUUAAGUUAGAAUAUCUAAAUUUGGCUGAGAAUAGUAUAGGCAGUAUAUCAGAUAUAUCGUUUUUGAAGAACUUAAAGGAACUAUAUUUGCACGGCAACCGCUUAACGCAUCUUCGCCAAUGUGACAAAUAUCUGCCAUCCUCUUUGGAAGUUUUAACGCUGGCAAAGAAUAUCAUUAACGAUUUAAAUGAGAUUUGCACGCUCUUAAACUUGUCUAAUUUACACAGUCUCACGCUGAGUGAAAAUCCCUGCAUCAUGAUGACAGGCAACGCAGAUGGCUUUGACCAUCGCCCCUUCGUUUUGAACUGGUGCAUGAGCUUGAAAGUGAUUGAUGGAUUUGUGGUUGAUCCCAUUGAAAGCCUCAAAGCAGAGUGGCUUUAUAGUCAGGGACGUGGUCGACAAUUUCGAAUUGGCGAACAAUCUGCGUUGGCUAAAUACUUAAGUUCUGUUUGCCCACUAAUUGGCAAAGCAUUGGAGAAUGAGAACGAACGCAAGCUGCGUUUAAUAUUGAGCAAAGCGCAACAGCAUCAGCGGCAACUGCAAGAGGAAAUUUCUGAGAACUCAAAUGCGUCGAGCAAUAAUUCGCCCUCGACGGGUAGACGAAAGACCAGCAGUCGCAUACAAUCACCGAGAUUUUCUCGCCUAAGUGGACGACAGGGUUCACCCGAUUCAAUGGUCAAUAGCUAUCACGGUAACACAUCCAGCGACACAAUUUCGAACAAUGUAAAUCACACUGCGCCGAUGACUACAUCUCUGAUUGAGAAUAUCAAACAUGAUGCCUUGCUUAUGUCACAAAGUUUUGAUGGUUCAUCGACGGGCGCUGGUAGCACUAUUAAUACGCGCACGAAUAAUUCACAGGAAUCAACACCUCGCACGAUAACGCCUAACCCCUAUAAUGAUCAAAACUUUCCAAAUGUGCCCGUCAAUGUCGGUGGACCCUUGGCGGCUGCCUCCAAAAUGGUGCCCGUGCCCGAGGCGCUUAUGAGUCCAGAUGUUUGUCCCGCCGUUGUGGCACAACGUGUCACCGUAAACGCAAUCAAUACACAAAUGCAAAAUUCGAAAACUCACAAAAACAAAGAUAACAAACUGAAUUCGCCGAAGAUGCGCAGCCCCCACUUGAAACGCAAUGCGGAACGUUGCAGUCCUAAUAUGAGUCCGAGGCGUGGCAGCAGCACGUCGAAUAUGAUGCAACCGCAUAACAAUAUUUCAAAUUUAAAUCGAGCUGUGGCCGCGCAUGCGCAAGCGCAGGCCGAUAACCAAAUGAAAUCGCGCUUAGCGGGCAAUUCGAUGCACGUCGUCGCGCCAGAUAGCGGUUCGUGCGGCAUCAGUUCAGACGAUGACAGCGAUCACAUAAAUAUAGACAAGCUGAAGACGAUACGAAACAAGGCGGCACAACGCUCACAACAACAACAAAAGGAGGCUAUGAUCGCUACGAAUAUCCAACUAGCACAAAAUCUUGCCACCGAAUCUUCGGCGGUAGUCAUCCAAAAGAUUUGGCGCGGCUAUCGCACACGCAAGAAAACCAAGGACAUUGCCGAAAAGCUGCUCAAGAUACGCACACAUGAAUAUAUUGACAAACUUACCAAAGACAUGGAGUUGACCAAAGCGCAGCUGGAGAACGAACGAAAAAUACAGCAGCUGCAAAUGCAGGCUAUUAACGCGCUCUGGAAGAAGGUGUCGACCAUGCAGGGUGGCGCAACGGUUAUGAAUGCAGCGAGUGGUGUAAGUGAAGGCGGCGCUGCUGUUACGGAAGGGCAUGCCAGUACGUCGGCGGACAGUGGACGCCCAAUCUCACUGGAUACCAGCUCGACUGCAGCCGUACAUGACUUGGCUAAAACGUGCGCUAUGCUAACCAAUCAGGUGCAACAGUUGCAAGGCUCUAUGCGUGAUAUACUCAACUGCCUGACGUUGUUCUGCAAUUUGCCACAAGAGAAUGUCAAGAAACUGCUGUCAGCCGGUGUUGCCGAUGCUCUGUCAAAUGAGAAAUGUGACUGCGCUGCAACACAAACCGAAAUUAUUGCCGUGCAUACGCCACAAAUUGAAAAUCAUACCAAUUUCCCAUUUUCCAAAAUACGCCCAUCAUCGUUGCCGUUGGACAAGCAAAAGAGUAAAAGUCAGCAGCAAUUAGUCAGCGCCACUGGCACGAUAUGUGCACUUGGCGAUGCUGGUUGCGAUGACAAAGCGCCAGCGCAUGACCAGCAACAUUACGCAAACUCACUACAGCAAGAGGGUAUCGCUGAAGAUUGCGAACAGGAGGAACACUUCAACGAAAGCGGCAUACAGCGUGUAGAUGUAUGCAGUUUGGAAAGAGCGACCGAUUCGUUUGUUGAAAAAUGCGAUGGUGGCAAGGAGUAGUGGCAGUUGUUUUAGUUUUUCAUGCAACGUAAUGUAUAAUGCGAACAUUGCUAAGCGGCAGUAUGUUUCUGUGCGUUUGUGAAAGAAGUGGAAACUUUGUCACAAAUCAAUUUUGUGCUCGUAUACAUUAUUUGCGUGGCACACCCAUACAAACAUGCAGCGGAUGUUGUAAGGCGCGCAGCAAAAAGGAUCUCAUUUUAUGAAAUGUUAUCUUCUAUUUUCUAAGUGCUAUGCUUAAUUUAACUUUAGAGUCCACACGCAGAGAAGAGUGAAGUUUUUAAAUUGAACUUUUUGGCUAAUUUGUGAUAUUUAUUUGGUUUAAGCGAAAUUUCUUAUUUUACGUACCUAAUUUUUAUGCCAAUAAUUUGUUAAGAAAUUUUCCGAAAAAUAUGUCUAAAUAAUACAAAGAGAAAGUUAUUUGUGAAAAAAUGCGCUGUACUCUUUCCACAA